AUGGCCACUACUAACUUAAAUAUUUUGAGAAAUGCUCUAAACAAAUUAAGAAUUGAUCAUGUCUUCACGAGAUCAUUUCAGACACCUAAAUUUCGGCCUCCUCACUGGUAUUUACCUAAAGAUAGAGUGGGUUCAGGGGAAAGUUUAACUCAAGAAAAUAAAAAAUUCAUUGAAGAAGUUAUGCAAGAAAGAAUGAAAGCACAGGCUAUGUUAGAAACAGAAUCCCCUCUUUCCAACAUUGACACCAGUCAGACUGCUCAAUGGAAUCCUUUAACUCGUCGUGUUGGACUAAUUGCUCGGAAAAUAGGGAAUUAUCCUUUAUGGUCCAAAGAUGGAAAAAAAGUACAAACCACCCUAUUGCAGGUUGUAGACAAUCAUGUUAUAAAAUAUAUUCCUCCAGAAGAAUUUAACCCAAUGAUAAUUAGGAAACCUGUAUGGAAAGAAAAGAAAAAACUAGGGUGCUUAUUAGUAGGUGCAGAGACUAUAGAUCCUAGUACUGUUACAAAGGAGUACUGUGGGCUAUUUAACCAAGUGGGAAUGUUACCAAAGAGAAUUCUUUGCAGGUUUAUGGUUUCCCCAAAUGCAUGUCUGCCAUCGGGGACACCAUUAUUUGCUACACAUUUCAGAGUAGGGGAUCACAUAGACAUAAGAUCAAAAACAAUGGACCGAGGUUUCCAAGGUGUAAUGAAGCGCUGGGGAUUCAAAGGAAUGCCUGCUUCUCAUGGUGUAACUAAAACUCAUAGAAGACCGGGAAAUAUUGGAGCAGGGGGUGAAAAAGCCAGAGUAUGGCCAGGUACUAAAAUGCCUGGUCACAUGGGUAACAGAUGGAGGACUCUACGUGGUGUGAAAAUUCUGCGAAUUAAUGUAAAGCAUAAUGUCAUUUGGACUUUAGGUGUUGCUAUACCUGGCGAAACAGGCGCCAUGUGUUAUUUGUUUGACACUGUCUUACCUUUGAAGAAACAUAAGACCUCACCACCUUUCCCUACUCAACCACUAAUUAAAGAUUUGCCUCUAGAAUAUUAUGAUGAAUCUAUACAACCCUUUGAUAAUAAUUCCAUCACAUUUGAAGAAACUUAA